UUCAACCAGCAGUGCCAAGAUUUGAUGGUCACUACAGUCAUUGGGCGAUGCUUAUGGAGAAUUUUCUACGAUCAAAGGAGUAUUGGGUUGUGGUGGAAAAUGGAGUUUCUGCAGCAGCAGAAGGUGUCACUCUAUUUGAGGCACAAAAGAAAACUUAUGAAAAGCAGAAAUUGAAGGAUCUUAAUGCUAAGAACUAUUUGUUUCAGGCUUUAGAUCGUUCAAUUUUGGAAACUAUAAUCAACAAAGAUACAUCCAAGAGUAUUUGGGACUCCAUGAAGAAGAAAUAUGAAGGAACAACCCGUGUAAAACGUGCUCAUCUCCAAGCUUUGCGAAAAGAUUUUGAAACUGCUCACAUGAAGGAAGGAGAAUCAGUGAAUGAGUACCUUGCUCGUGUUCUUGUCAUUAGUAACAAGAUGAAAGCCAAUUGUGACGAUUUGAAAGAAGUUGCAGUGGUAGAAAAGAUUCUAAGGUCCAUGACAUCGGAGUUCAAUUAUGUUGUGUGUUCCAUUGAAGAAUCCAAGGAUACAAGUAUAUUGUCGAUUGAUGAGCUACAAAGUAGUUUGCUUGUGCAUGAACAACGCAUGGGUAAUACUGUCCAUGAAGAACAUGCUCUGAAGGUGACUUAGAGCAACCAAUAUGAUGGUCCUGCUGGACGAGGAAGAGGGCGUUGGAAUUCUGGAGGUAGAGGUCGUGGAAGAAGCAGGCAAAAUAUUGAUAAAGCAACCGUGGAAUGCUAUAAUUGUCACAAGCUCGGGCACUUUCAGUGGGAAUGUAAACAAGGGGUGACAAAUUUUGCAGAAAGUCAGGUAGAGAGUGCCGAAGAA